GGAAAAUUGGGACCAAAAUGGGCAAUUUUUCUGCAGAGAGAUAGGGGCUGCAGCUCAAAUGGAAACAACACCAACAAUAAAACCCCCCAAAUGUAAUCUCUCCACUGCAGCUAACCAUUCUAGUUAGGGGAAAGACAUUCAUCUAUGGAACUAUUACCAUGCCACCCCUGUUCUCCAUCCUGCCUUUAAGAAUCCUCCCCCUAACCUUUCCCUACAGGGGUUUCCAAUUUUUGGGGAGCAGAGUAGUUUCUCCAGCACCUUGAGAAACCAUUUUCAGAAAAACCCCAAAUGGCUUCAUCACCAAAAGAUUCUCCACCAGAUUCUUCAACACCACCGCGGCCACCAACAUCAGCGCCUCCUCCUCAACCAGUUUCUUCGCCACCACCCCCUCCUACCAAGGAUCAGACUAGUCCACCUGCUAAUCAAGGAAAUGGUAGCGGUAGUGGUAAUGACAAUGCUUCUCCACCACCUCCACCGCCUCCAUCUAAUUCACCGAGUCAUGUUUUGCCACAGGCACCACAACUAGCGCCUCCCUCAGAGGGGAAAUCAUCACCGAGCUCAAAUAGUAACAGCAUUUCCAUACCUCUAACGACAGCAAUAGGUGCCGCCAUCGGUGUUGGCGUGUUGUUUAUUGUCAUGAUAUUGAUAGUGGCGAUAUGCAGUAAAAAGAAAAAGAAGCCAAAACGGGCUGAUGAUCAGAUGCCAUACUACAUGGAUCCUCCCCAAGGUGGUCUCGGAUAUUACAAGGGAAUACCAGUUGGAGGCCAAAAUAUUUGGCAGGAUUCACCGAAAAAAGAACAUGCAAUCAAUAUUUUACCUCUACCCCGGGCCGCAAUAGGGGGUGGAACGCCUCCCCGUGGAAGCUGGCAACCAUCACCAUCACCUCUGGGCGCAAUAGGCAGCGCAACACCUGGAAAUGAAGGUUGGCUAUCACCUCCCGUACCACCACAAGUAACUGUGAACAGUAGUGACAUGAUGAGCUCCUCCAACUCCAAUUCCAUUUUAACACCACACGCUCCAGUCCUGCCUCCCCCACACCCAGCGGUGGCCCUCGGAUUCAACCAAUGCUCCUUCAGCUAUGAGGAGUUAGCGGCUGCAACCGAAGGGUUCGCUCAAUCUAACCUACUUGGUCAAGGAGGGUUCGGUUACGUGCACAAAGGUGUAUUGCCCAAUGGCAGGGAAAUUGCUGUCAAGAGUCUCAAAUCAGGUAGUGGCCAAGGGGACAGGGAGUUUCAGGCGGAGGUUGAGAUCAUCAGCCGUGUCCAUCACCGCCAUCUUGUGGCCCUUGUUGGGUUUUGCAUGGCCGGAGAUAGGAGGAUGUUGGUGUAUGAAUUUAUUCCUAAUAAAACACUUGAAUUUCACCUCCACGGAAAGGGUCGUCACCCCAUGGACUGGGCCACUAGGCUCAAGAUUGCUCUUGGUGCUGCUAAAGGUCUUGCUUACUUGCACGAAGAUUGUCAUCCUCGCAUUAUACAUAGAGACAUCAAAUCUGCCAACAUUUUAAUCGAUUACAGCUUUGAAGCUAAGGUUGCAGACUUCGGAUUGGCUAAGCUAACUCAAGACAACAAUACUCAUGUAUCAACUCGCGUGAUGGGAACAUUUGGGUACUUGGCUCCAGAAUAUGCAUCAAGCGGAAAGCUAACAGAGAAAUCUGAUGUGUUCUCAUUUGGUGUUGUGCUCUUGGAAAUAAUAACUGGACGUCGGCCUUUGGAUAUGUCUGGAGAUCAUAUGGAUGAAAAUCUAGUGGACUGGGCUAGACCUUUGUGUUCUCGGGCAAUUGAACAAGGAAACUACAAUCAACUGGCUGAUCCAUUCCUAGGGAACAAUUACGUCGCCCACGAGAUGGCACGUCUGGUACGAUGUGCUGCUGCAGCCAUUAGACAUUCUGCUAGAAGACGUCCCAAAAUGCGUCAGAUUGUGCGUGCACUGGAAGAUGAUGUCUCACUGGACGACCUAAACGAUGUGGUGAGAACCGAAGAGGGCUCGAAUUUCAGCUUAAGGAGUGGCAGUGCUGAUGAUGAAGCCAGACCAUAUAGUGAAGACAUGAAGAAGUUUAGGAAGAUGGCCUUGGACAGCCAAGUACACGCGAGCACCGACGUUGGUAACACGAGCGAAUACGGGCUCAAUCCAUCCUCGUCCUCUUCCUCCUCCUCAAGCAGUGAGGGUGAGGCUGGUGUUAAUACAAGUCGGGCACAGUCUCCUUGAUACUCAAAAAGCUUCUAAAAGGCUUGAUGGACCAUUUUAACUUUGAGCUUGAGAUUGAUGAAAUUUUUUGGUAAACGGAUGCCAUUUAUUUAGGCAUUUGAUUGCGUCGGGAGGGAGAAAUUGUGAUUACAUCACAAUAUGGUUGGGUUCAAAAAGUAGUUACAACUUUUUUUCCAUGCUUGAUUUAUUGAUUGGGAUUGUUGUAUAAUCUAGGGUUAAAGUCGAAUUUGUAAGUACUCGUACUAAUGGGUACUACCUGUUUCAAGAACAAACAUUUAUCAAUAACAUUAAGCUAGGGGAAGUCCCUGGCUAAUAUAUCACUUGAAAGUGU